AUGUGGUGUCGCGAGGAUCGUUGUGCUCCGGGUGGAGGUUUCUGGACACCACCACCGACAUGGAACAAGACGAGAAGAGUUUACACGGCGAUGCCAAUGUCGGAGAGAAAACGAACAUCUUCGUUCGAGAAUCAAGAGCCACUUCACAAAGUUCCUUCUGGUGGUUCUUCUCCUUACCUUAGAGCCAAACAUGCCCAGUUGAUUUGUGAAGACCCGGAUCAAGCUAUCUCAUUGUUUUGGGCUGCGAUAAAUGCUGGAGAUCGGGUCGAUAACGCAUUGAAGGACAUGGCAUUUGUUAUGGAACAGUUAGACCGAUCCGAUGAAGGAAUCGAAGCGAUCAAAUCUUUUCGAUAUCUUUGCCCUUUUGAAUCCCAAGAUUCCAUUGAUAACUUGCUACUUGAACUCUACAAGAAGUCAGGGAGGAUCCAAGAGGAAGCUGAGCUGCUUGAACACAAACUGAAAAACCUCGAACAAGGCUCGACCUUUGGUGGUGGAAUCACAAUAGCGAAAAGAAGCCACAGGAAACAGAUCAACAUGACAAUCGAGCAAGAGAAAGCGCGGAUUCUAGGGAACUUAGCUUGGGUUCACUUGCAGCUUCAUAACUAUGGAAUAGCAGAGCAGUAUUACAGGAAUGCUUUGUCUUUGGAGACUGACAAUAACAAGCUGUGCAAUCUUGCGAUCUGCUUGAUGCGUAUGGAUAGAAUUCCGGAAGCUAAGUCUCUGCUUGAGGAUGUAAGACAGUCUCUAGAAAAUCAAUGGAAGGACGAAUCGUUUUACAAGUCUUUUGAACGGGCUACCGAGAUGUUAGCAGAACGAGAACGGGCCACAGUCGUGGAUAAUCCAGAAGGGCUUACGACAAGUAGCUCUUCAGAUAACUUCUCCUCUAGCUGUUCUUUUGUGAGUUGGAUGAAGGAAAAGCAGGCUGUAGCUGGAACCAGUCCUGAACCAGGGAACAUGAACAAGAAGAACGCACACGUUUCCUUUGAAACGGUUGAACAAAAAUCGCCAGGUCUGAUUACAAAACCUCGCGGAUGUAAAUGGGACAAUGAGGAAGUCCAUCAAGGAACAGGGAUAAUGAGAGUGACAAUUGGUGCUGCCCGAAGGCUAAGGUUUGGGAAACCUUUUGAAGAUGAACAUAACAAGAAGAUGUCAGAAUCAGCAGCCUCGGUUACUAAUUACAAAGAUCACUUAAACGGGAAGAAGUUGGAUCAGAAUUUGAUUGAAGAUCUCCAUCAAUUCAUCAGUGGCAAUGGACUUCCCAUGACAAGCAAAGCAAGGAAGCUGUGUGCAGAUUUAGUCAGAGAAAAAGAAGAGAGUGAAAAAGGAUAUCAAAGAAAUGCUUCAGAAUCUUCAGCUUACGCUCAGAUUAUGGAUAUUGGUCGAAGAAGUGAUAUAUAG